UCCAGCAGAGACACCACCGCACCGAGAGAGAGAUGGGCAGGAGAGCGUGCUGCGCCAAGGAAGGCGUGAAGAGAGGGGCGUGGACGGCCAAGGAGGACGACGUCUUGGCCGCCUACGUCAAGGCCCAUGGCGAAGGCAAAUGGAGGGAGGUGCCCCAGAAAGCCGGUUUGCGCCGGUGCGGCAAGAGCUGCCGGCUGCGGUGGCUGAACUACCUCCGGCCAAACAUCAAGCGCGGCAACAUCUCCUACGACGAGGAGGAUCUCAUCAUCCGCCUCCACAAGCUCCUCGGCAACAGGUGGUCGCUGAUCGCAGGCAGGCUGCCGGGCCGAACAGACAAUGAAAUCAAGAACUACUGGAACAGCACGCUGGGCAGGAGGGCAGGCAUCACCACCGGCGCCGUCGGCGGCAGCAGGGUCGUCGUCGUCGCGCCCGACACCGGCGGCUCGCACUCGCGCGCCACCCCGGCGGCGUCUGGGAGCUGCGAGACGGCCGGCCGUCAGAAGCAGCAGGGCGCCGCCGCUGCUCCUCCUCCUCCUCGCGCGGACCCCGACUCAGCCGGCUCCGCCGCAGCAGCGGCGGCGGCCGGGACGACGACGGCGGUGUGGGCGCCCAAGGCCGUGCGGUGCACGGCGGGCGGACGACUCUUCUUCUUCCACCGGGACACGACGACGCCGACGCCGACGACGCCAAUGGCCGGUGGAGGAGAAGCGUGCGCAGGAUCGUCGCCGGACGACUGCAGCAGCUCGGCGGCGUCGGUAUCGCCCCUCGUGGGAAGCCAGCAGGACGAGCCGUGCUUCUCCGGCGGCGACUGGAUGGACGACGUGAGGGCCCUGGCGUCGUUUCUCGAGUCCGACGAGGAGUGGCUCCGCUGUCAGCAGACGGCCGAGGAGCAGCUUGCGUAGACAACAAGUACACGUACGGUACUACGGUGUAAAAUAUAUGUAGCCAUGCGUAUGUAUACUUUCUUUUUAGCCUCCAAAAUCCAAACAGAAAAUACGUAUGCGUCUCAACUGCCGCCGCCUGCCGGUGUGCGCGCGCGCGAGGCGCGACCGGGGGCACGUGUGCCCCUGUUGUUGUACACUUUUUCAUCAUGGCCAUGCUGUGGAUUGGCCUGUUGUGGCUUCAUCA